AUGGGAAACAAUUCAUCCAGCAAAGUUGAUCCAACAAUCCUUACACCAAAAGCCAUUCAAAUGCUCAAAGCAAACACAAACUUCACCGAAGAACAAAUCCGUGAAUGGCAUGCUGGUUUCUUACGUGAUUGCCCAAAUGGUAAAUUAUCCAAAGACCGAUUUGUCGCCGUCUACGAACAAUUCUAUCCAGGAGGCAAAGCUAAAGAUUUCUGUAAAUACGCUUUCGCUACAUUCGAUCGUGAUAACAAUGGAACAAUUGAUUUCACCGAAUUCAUGCUCGCUAUUGCUUUGACACAAUCAGGUGAUCUUGAUGAACGUCUUGCAUUAGCCUUCGACAUGUACGACUACAACAACACUGGAACAAUUGACACCAACGAAAUGGCCAAAGUUAUUGCCGCUAUGUACGAUCUUAUCGGUGAAACUGAUCGCAAAGUUGACACCAACGAAAUGGCCAAAGUUAUUGCCGCUAUGUACGAUCUUAUCGGUGAAACUGAUCGCAAAGGUGAUCGCGAUCCAAAACACCGCGCCGAAGAAAUUAUCCGCAUCUGUGAUGUAACUGGAAACAAAAAAUUAACCAAAGAAGAAUUCGUCGCCGGUUGCAAAAACGAUCCAGUCAUUCGUCGUUUACUCGUUCCAAACGCUUAA